CUACCCUUGGCGGUUUUGUUUACUAUUAUUUGAUUUGAUUUGGUUUUCUUUGAUUUCAUUUCCUUUUUAUUUCCCCCCUCCCGGAAAGAAAAAAUAAUAUAUAUAUAUAUAUAUAUUAACAUAAAAAGCCGCCGCUCCCUGCACCGACCCCCGCGGCGGGCUGGAGAGGCUGAUGCGGCCGCUAAGGGAGAGGAUAGUGGUUAAAGCUCGAGCUGGAUGGAUGGGUAUGGGGAGAGGGGCAGGAUCCACAGCCCUGGGACUUUUCCAAAUCCUCCCUGUCUUUCUCUGCAUCUUCCCUUCAGUGACCUCUCCAUGCAAGAUCCUCAAGUGCAACUCUGAGUUCUGGGCGGCCACGUCGGGCUCCCACCACCUGGGCACGGAGGAGGCGCCCGAAUUCUGCACGGCGCUGCGCGCCUACGCCCACUGCACCCGCCGCACCGCCCGCACUUGCAGGGGCGACCUGGCCUACCACUCCGCCGUGCAUGGCAUAGACGAUCUGAUGGUGCAACACAACUGCUCCAAGGAUGGCCCCACGUCCCAGCCCCGCCUCCGGACAUUGCCCCCUGGGGAUAGCCAGGAGCGCUCCGACAGCCCCGAAAUCUGCCACUAUGAGAAGAGCUUUCACAAACACUCGGCUGCCCCCAACUAUACUCACUGCGGGCUCUUCGGGGACCCCCACCUCAGGACUUUCACAGACACUUUCCAAACCUGCAAGGUGCAAGGGGCUUGGCCGCUCAUAGACAAUAACUACCUGAACGUCCAGGUCACCAACACGCCGGUGCUGCCAGGUUCCACAGCCACUGCCACCAGCAAGCUCACCAUCAUCUUCAAGAGCUUCCAGGAGUGUGUGGACCAGAAAGUGUACCAGGCGGAGAUGGACGAGCUCCCCGCUGCCUUUGCUGAUGGCUCCAAGAACGGUGGGGACAAGCACGGAGCCAACAGCCUGAAGAUCACUGAGAAGGUGUCGGGCCAGCACAUUGAGAUCCAGGCAAAGUACAUUGGCACCACCAUCGUGGUGAGGCAGGUGGGCCGGUACCUCACCUUUGCUGUGCGCAUGCCAGAGGAGGUGGUCAACGCUGUGGAGGACCGGGACAGUCAGGGCCUCUACUUGUGCCUCCGCGGUUGUCCGCUCAACCAACAGAUUGACUUCCAGACCAUCCGCUCAGCUCAGGCCACAGAAGGUCGUGCUCGUAGGAAGGGACCCAGCCUGCCGGCCCCCCCCGAGGCCUUCACGUACGAAACAGCCACGGCCAAGUGCAGGGAAAAGCUGCCCGUGGAGGACCUCUACUUUCAGUCCUGCGUCUUCGACCUCCUCACCACAGGGGACGUCAACUUCAUGCUGGCUGCUUACUAUGCCUUUGAGGAUGUGAAGAUGCUUCACUCCAACAAAGACAAGCUGCACCUCUAUGAAAGGACACGGGAUCUGGGCCCGGGCAACAUGGCUCCCUCGGGGAACCCCCCUGCCCUCUGGGUAGCACUGCUGUGUUUGAGUCAGUGUUGGUUGUGCUUGUUGUAGGGGUUUGCUCCUUCGCACCGUGGAGAGCAGGGAAAGGGGAGCAGGAGGGAACCAGGGAUGAGAUGGCAGUGCUGGACAACAGGAGGUUGGAUAUCAGAGCUGCCUGAGUUGUCCUCAAACGUCAGCCCCUCUCUAUGGCAGCAGGUCCUCCACCUUCCCAGCUCUUGCCUGGGAGGAACGUGUUCCCAGCGGGACCAGUCAGAAGUUUUUGCUGGAUUGUACCUUCCUCACCUCCCCCUCUCCUCCUCCUUCUCCUCCCAGUAGUGUGGGUGCUGAGGAGCACCCACUCACAUCCUUGUAGUGCUCCUCCAGGUCCCAAAGCUGCACAUGGUGAACGUGACAUUGGCGUGCACGAACGUGGCUUUGUCUUCGGAGAGCAGAGCCCACAAGAAGGGUGCGGAGCAGUGAGAUGGGGCCAAGCCUGGCAAGCACAACGGGGCUGGGCUUUCUGCUCAGCGGGGCCAUGCUCUGCUUUUCGGGCAUGUCCCACUCUUCCUGCAGCCCCGUUGUGGCACACGGUGGUUCAAGGGGCCAAAAUGGUGGGGAACGGUCCCACGCUUGCCCGGCUGCUGGUGCCAGGUAUCUUCUAGGUGCAAGGAGGACACGUUGCUCAAGCCUCAGCUUGCAUUUGCUGUGGUUCGAAGUGCAUCUCUUAUUUUAGCCAGUUGAUUCAGCUGAUUCACUCAGUAGUUUUAUUCUUGGCUCCCUUGUCUCUUCCUGGAUCCACUGAGGACUCUUGAUGGCAAUGGGAGUAAUCUGGCCAGUAUUCAAGCGGUUUCUGCAACUUCUGCCCAGCGUUGGAUGAGUUCCUCGCACCAUUUUUUUCUUCAGUCCCCUAAAACCAGCAGCGGGGAGGCUGCUCAGCGGGAGACCCCAUCCACACCUCCCUCCAGCCCUGCACCCACUUGCCUGCCCACAGCUCGGCCAGGCCCUGGGAUGGAGCAGGAGUGUCGCACUCUCUUUGUUUGCUGCUAGGUCUCUGCUCCGCUCCUCAUCCUGGGGCCACGACUUGCAACCCCAUUGCAGACCAGUUGCACCUUAAGCCCUUCUGGGCUUGAAUCAGAAAUGGGGCAAUGUUAGAAAUCCAGCCAGGAGAUGGGAUGCAGCAGAGGACCCCUCACAACUGUCUCCCUUCCUCAAAACCAUUGAUAAUCUUCCCCCAUCACGUAGUGUUGCCCAUCUCCUCCUCUCCCCUGUUCCUCUGUGGUUCACCUCAUUGCUUAGUGAACAAACAGCAAGACCACCUUUGGUCUGCGUCUUGGAGACCUCCUGAUGGGCUUCCCCUCCUUUCCUCAAGGGGAAGUUCCCAGAAACAAGCCCCCAAACACAUGUCAUUCUUGGGGGCAUCUCCUGCUCCCAAGGGAGGUCUCUGGGCAUAAGACAAGCUAGCACCAAAAGAGGUGGGAACAGGCUACAUUUGGCAGUCUGAACUGGUGCCAAGAGGCAGCCUGGUGUAAAUACUCAACGUGACUAUUCAUUGUGUCCUAACAGCUCUAGAGCUCCAUUUGUAAAGCAGCAGAGAAAUGCAAAUUGUGUCAAUGGAUGUAAUUUAUAUUGUCUCUUUAAUAUAUAGAGCCCUGGCAUUGAUCUCGUGUGACUGUACAGAUGAAGAGUUGUAAUUGGUUUUUAAAUGUUUAAGGAAAGAAAAGAAACAAAAAGAUGUGUUUACUACUUUGCUCCUUGCUUUGUUUGCUGGUGCCCCAGGUAUUCUGUUUAGGGCGGUUUUGAAAUAAGGAUAUCACAGUUGAGGCCCUGAGGAGAGCAACCACUGGACCGCAGCACAGGACAGGUUAGUUUCCCAACGCGCUAAUUGCUCAGCCAGGCUGACUUGGGCUUUUUGUUUCCUUAAGAAAGAACCAAGUUUUUGUCUUCCCUAGAAAUUCAAAACGCAAGUUUUGAAAGCCAAAAUUAAUCACUGGCUAAGAGGGAACAUCUGUUUCUUGCUGUGUUACCCCAUAGAUAACAGCAGCUGUGCAAAGCAUCCCUCUGAAGACACGGUGCUUCUUGAAAGCAGUCUUAGCUGGCCGAGCCACAGCGUGCCAACAACUCAGUACUUCCCUUAAGACUUCCCUUUCCUAUAAAGCGAUUGCCCUACGGCACGAUGUGCUGUGGUUUAGGGGUAAUUUCCAGCCAAGGAAAAUCUGAUAAUGGUGUGGCUCAUUCCCACUGUCCAGGUGAGCACUCCAGUGGUGGCCGGCCAUCGUACAGUGGGUGGGGUAUCCCUAUUUUAGAAGCAAACAGUGAAGCACUUUAUUUUGAUUGUGUUUAACCCAGAUCUCGUUAAAGGUGAAGUGUGGCCAAGAGAGACCCGACACUUGGAAACAAAAAAAAAUACUUAAGCAAAGGCGGGGGUGUGUUACAAGAAGGCCCCCCCACACCUCCUCCCUGCGUUGAGACCCACGGGAGUGUCACCGCGUGUAUAUACUGUAAAUUAUUUAUUGAGAGAAACGCAAGUAAAGUUUGAGGUUUUUUGACAAGAAA